GACAGAGGGGGCGUGUUCCAGCGCCCAACGAUGACGUGUUCUUCCAGCGCCACGUCGUGAGGAAGUGGAGCAGUUGGAAGGCGCCGGGCCGAUCGGAGCAGGGUUACCUGUCUGGUGUCUUCUUGUUCUGGGCUCAUCUGCCAGGUCAGGAACUAUGUCAUGGAUCAAGGAAGGAGAGCUGUCACUUUGGGAACGGUUCUGUGCCAACAUCAUAAAGGCAGGCCCAAUGCCCAAACACAUUGCCUUUAUAAUGGAUGGAAACCGUCGCUAUGCCAGGAAGUGCCAGGUAGAGCGGCAGGAAGGCCACUCACAGGGCUUCAACAAGCUGGCUGAGACCCUGCGCUGGUGUUUGAACCUGGGCAUCCUAGAGGUGACGGUCUACGCAUUCAGCAUUGAGAACUUCAAACGCUCCAAGAGUGAGGUAGACGGGCUAAUGGAUCUGGCCCGUCAGAAGUUCCGACGCUUGAUGGAAGAACAGGAGAAACUGCAGAAGCAUGGGGUGUGUAUCCGGGUCCUGGGCGAUCUGCAUUUGUUGCCCUUGGAUCUCCAGGAGCUGAUUGCACAGGCGGUGCAGGCCACCAAGAACUAUAACAAGUGUUUCCUGAAUGUCUGCUUUGCUUACACAUCCCGUCACGAGAUCAGCAAUGCUGUGAGAGAGAUGGCCUGGGGAGUGGAGCAGGGCCUGCUGGAUCCCAGUGAUGUCUCUGAGUCUCUGCUCGAUAAGUGCCUCUAUACCAACCACUCUCCGCACCCUGACAUCUUGAUACGGACUUCUGGGGAAGUGAGGCUCAGCGACUUCUUGCUGUGGCAGACUUCUCACUCCUGCUUGGUGUUCCAACCUGUUCUGUGGCCAGAAUACGCAUUCUGGAACCUCUGUGAGGCCAUCCUGCAGUACCAGAUGAACCACAGCAUGCUCCAGCAGAAGGCCCGAGACAUGUAUGCGGAGGAGCGGAAGAGGCAGCAGCUGGAGAGGGACCAGGCUGCAGUGACAGAGCAGCUGCUGCGCGAGGGGCUCCUGGCCAGUGGGGACGCCCAGCUCCGACGGACACACUUGCACAAACUCGCAGCCAGACGGGAAGAGCGGGUCCAGGGCUUCCUGCAGGCCUUGGAACUCAAGCGGGCUGACUGGCUGGCACGUCUGGGCACUGCAUCAGCCUGAGUGAGGCUGGCCUCCUGCCACUUUGCCCUGCCCUCUGCCUCUAGGGCCUCACUCCCCUUUCUUUUCUUGGUGAAAGGCCCCUCCCUCCUAAUGAUGAAUUGUGUUUCCUUUGCUUGGCAAGGGAGCCUCAUAGGCCCGGUCUGCUGGCCACAGGUACACCUUUUGGACCGCCUGGCCCAGUGGCCCCUGGGGAGGGUUGAGGUGAGAGUCUCCACAAGUACACUAAAGCCAGCUCCCGUCACCAGUAGGUUUGGAGAGCAGGGAGCCCCAGGUCUUCCCUGCCUGAUCCUUCUGCCUCUGCCACUUCUGCCACCUCUACGUGUGCUCCAAAUGCACUUUAUUUUUUCACCAGCACAUCCUUUCACACACAGAAUUUCAGGGCAAAGGUCUCCCCCAAACCCUAGCCCUUUACCAAUCAAUCCAUCUUAAUCUUCUACCCUACUUUCACAAAAGAUUUGGCUCCACCUUGGAUCCGCUGGUAAAUAGCUAAUAGGCAGCCAGCGUUAUUUGGGCAAGGAAGGGGAGGGAGUGACAGAAAGAAAAUGUGCCCAUCUGCUGCUCCUCCCCCUGGGCUCUCCACCUGGGAUUUGCUAUUGAAUCUCUACCCCCCUCCCACCGCACAGUGCUGAUUGCUCACUGAAAGGCUCAGCGCCCCCAAUGGCGCGCGGAAGCCAGGCGGGUGAUUACAAUCCAAUUACCUAUUGUCGACUCAGCCCACACAAGCUUUUCUCCUCCUCUUGCGGGGCAUGGGGCCAGGCUCCACACCCCUGAGAGACCGCCCCGUCCAUGACUACGGGGUAACAGAAGGGCCCAUAGGCCCUGGUGAGUCUGAUCCACCAUAGGCCUCAUUCCCUGGAACACGUCACAGGACCCAGAGCAUAGAAACAAGCACUUCUCCCAACUGACUGCUGUCCUCACCAUCUCAGACUCUGGCCUCCUGCCGCCUGUCUCAGAGGCUUCUCUGUUGUUGACCCGGCCCCAAGUAGCCCCUGAGACGAUUUAUUCUCAGCGUGGUGGAGUCUCACCUUGUCAGGGCCAACGCUGUCCAGCAGGGAGAGGAGGGCCAAGUUGAGGGCUGUGUCCUGUCCCUUAACGUCUCCCGGCCAGGCCUUGCAGCGGAGCUGCUGAGAGGAUUAGUGCCUUUGUAGAGCUGUCUGCCUGAGCAGCUCUGCUUCAGGUGCCGGGAGCAGCAAGCACCAGCCCUUCACACCAGCCAAACACCACCGCUCUGUUCAGUCUCCCCUUUUUACUUUCUGCAAAUUGUUUCCCCAGCACCUCCCUCUAGGGGAGCGGUGGGGUCUUGCAAGCAGUGCUCCUAGCAGUCUUGAAACCCCUAACUUCCCUAUAUUCCAGUCUCCUCUUCCCCUUCCUGUGCCAGGAUACCUGGCACAAGAGACCCUUGGCCAUCAUCCCUGCUCCCAGAAGCAGGCAGAAAUGCCAGACACUGCGAUUGAGAAGCCAAUCAAUGCACCCUUUGGCAAGCCCCCUACACACACCUGGCAUUCCCCACAACCAAUCCCUGGCACACGGCUCCCAGAGAGCAGGUGCUGUACAUUUUCCAGCUUUACAAUGGGGCUGUUGACAGCCUUAAUUAGGGAGGCAUGAAUUAUGCGGCUAUAAUGUAGAGCCCUACAAUUAAGGCGGGAAUGAGGGGCUGGAGGCAACAAACGGAAUCUGCCCAGUGAGCCUGACUAUUGAGUCCUGUCUCCGUUCUUGUCUGACUUUCCCUAAUAUGACUGGGGUACAGCAGAGAUGAAUGAAGCUGAUGUCUUUGGGUCUAGGUCCUGUAUUCUGGGGGUAAGGUACACAGAGUGGGACAGGCAGGGGCUGAGAGACCACUACUGUGGAGGUGCAGAAGCUGCAGAUAGGAACUCCUUAUGAUUACUUCCUGCCCGCAAGAUUUGUACAAACCCGCUCAAUCCUUGCCUCAAGAAAGUAGGUGGGACCUAUGUAAAUGUCCUCUCACCUGUGAGCUAGUCCCCCACUUGAGGAUAUUGUGUUCUUGUGUUCUCCUGGGUUUCAAAUAGAAUUUUAAAAAAAUUA